GUCUACACACCCUAUCGCCAUGCUCAAUCGACUCCUCCGGCCGCAGGCCUCGCUGAGGGCUGCCUCAUGCAUCUCCCAAAAGCCCAUCUCCGCCGCUCUCCCACGCUUCCAGACUCGAGGAGUGCACAAUGUUCCCAACCUAGUGCACAACGCAUACUUCCAAAAACAUGGCAUUCCAGAAUUCCUAUCUCCAGAGGCAUACGACUUUUCCUGGACACAAUAUCAGGGGCUCAUGGUUGAUAAACUGAACUUGUUGACACAGGAUACCGUUGAUGCGGAUUUGAAGCCUGGAGAUUUGCUGGUCAAGUACUCCCGUCGUCCAGAAAUGGCUUCGGUUUUCAACUACGCCUCGAUGGCCCACAACAACCACUUCUUCUUCAACUGCCUUUCUCCUACUCCCACCCAGAUUCCCGAAACCUUCGCGAACGAGAUCAGCAAAUCCUGCUCGUCCGUCGAAUCCCUCAAGCUCGACUUCCUCGCGACGGCAAACGCCAUGUUCGGCCCAGGUUUCGUCUGGCUCGCUAAGAACCUGGAACGCGAGGGUAUGAUGCACAUUUUCUGCACCUACAAUGCUGGGUCCCCCUACCCGGCCGCCCACGCGCGCCGCCAGCCCGUCGACAUGGCCACGCACACGCCCGACACCGCCCUCGGCAACCAGUACGCCGGCGCGAUGGGCGCCCACUCGACUAACCAGAAGAACAUCGCUCCCGGUGCCGUGGAUGUCCAGCCCAUUCUCUGCGUUAACACGUGGGAGCACGUGUGGAUGAUGGAUUAUGGUAUUGCAGGCAAGGCGGAGUACUUGGAGCGAUGGUGGGACCGGAUCAACUGGGAUGUGGUCGUUGACAACUACAACGCCGUCCGCGCGAAGAGUAGCCACCGAGUUGCAAAGGACGGCCGUAACCUGCACCACCUCUAGGUGCUGCGCGGAUGCGUGUUUGUUUUAAAAACUGUAUCAUAUACUUGGUUAGCAUUGUUCAUCUAAUGUACAGCA